UCUUUAGAUCAUAUUUUCUAUCCUAUCUUUGAAUAUGGGCAGUCUCAUUCAAUUAAUUGCUUAGUUUUCUUCUUCUCCUUUCUUAUUUAUUAUUUUUUUAUUAGUUUUUUUUAUUAUAUAUUUUUGCUCAGAAUGAGAGAGUAAGAUUCAUACUGGAAAAAAAAACCUCUGUCUGAAGCUUGCAAUGGCGGUGACAGAAACAAGGAGUGGAAGUUUGGUUUUCGCCAUUAAUGGCGAGAGGUUCGAGCUUCCAACUGUUGACCCAUCAACUACUUUGCUUCAGUUCUUGCGGACUCGGACUCGUUUCAAGAGUGUUAAGCUCAGUUGUGGCGAAGGUGGUUGUGGUGCUUGUACCGUGCUGCUAUCCAAGUACGAUCCAGUAAAUGACAGAGUUGAGGAUAUGACUGCGAGUUCAUGUCUUACUCUCUUAAACAGUAUAAGUGGGUGUUCAAUUACAACAUCUGAUGGGCUUGGAAAUAGCAAAGAUGGUCUCCACUCAAUUCACCAGAGAAUGGGUGGUUUCCAUGCUUCUCAAUGUGGCUUUUGUACUCCUGGAAUGUGUGUUUCAAUAUUUUCAGCUCUUGUGAAUGCUGAGAAAACAGAAGGAUUGGACCCUCCUCCAGGGUUCUCUAAGAUCACUGUUUCUGAAGCUGAAAAGGCUAUUGCGGGAAAUCUGUGUCGCUGUACCGGAUAUCGAUCCAUUGCUGAUGUUUGUAAGAGUUUUGCAGCUGAUGUUGAUAUUGAGGAUUUGGGGCUCAACUCCUUUUGGAAAAAGGAAGAUAGUAAGGAAGUAAAGGUAAGUAGUUUACCUUUUUAUGACCGUAACAAUGAGAUUUGUACAUUUCCUGAGUUCUUGAAAAGGGAAAUCAGAUCUGUCAUGUCUUUGGAUUCUAAAAGAGAUAGUUGGCUCCGGUCUUCUAGUCUUGAGGAGCUACGAAACUUGCUCCAUUGUAAUGAUGUUGGAGAAGGGACUGAGACAAAAUUAGUGGUUGGGAACACAGGGUCUGGUUACUACAAGGAGUUGGAACACUAUGAACAAUACAUUGAUCUCAAAGGCAUACCUGAACUCUCAAUAAUUCGAAUGGAUACAGAGGGGUUCGAAUUUGGAGCCGCUGUAACAAUUUCAAAAGUAAUUGAAGUUCUAAAGGAUGCUAAACCAGCUGGAUUUCCCUCAAGAGGCGAGAUGAUGUAUAAUAAGCUUUCCAAUCAUAUGGAGAAAAUUGCUAGCAGAUUCAUUAGAAAUACAGCUAGUAUAGGGGGAAAUUUGGUGAUGGCACAAAGGAAGCAUUUUCCUUCAGACAUUGCUACUAUUCUUCUAGCUGUGGAUUCCAUGGUAGAGGUGAUGAGUGGUAGCAGAUGUGAAACUUUUACAUUGGAAGAGUUUCUUCAAAGGCCACCUCUAGAUUUUAAAAGUAUACUUCUAAACAUUAAAAUUCCAAACUGGGGAUCAACCGGAAAAGUUUCUCAGCAAAAAGAUUCUGUCCUCCUGUUUGAAACCUAUCGAGCUGCACCCAGACCCCUCGGAAAUGCAUUGCCUUAUCUGAAUGCUGCCUUCUUGGCUGAGGUUUCUCCUUGUAAAACUUCUGAUGGAGUUUUAGUCAGUCACUGUCAGUUGGCUUAUGGUGCUUAUGGCACUAAACAUGCAAUCAGAGCUAGAAAGGCAGAAGAAUAUUUAGGUGGAAAAGUGCUAACUGUUGAUGUUUUUUAUGAAGCUACUAAAUUGGUUAGAGCUACCGUUGUUCCUGAAGAUGGUACUUCGAGUCCUGCUUAUAGGUCAAGCUUGGCUGUAGGUUUUCUUUUUGAGUUCUUUAGCUCCUUUAUUGAUACUACAGCUGAAACUACUGAUGGAUUGUUGGGGAAAGGGAAGAAUGCUACAUUGGCCAAGGAUUUGAAGUUAGGAGAGACUGGAAAUCAGUUCAAUCAUGACAAAAUUCCAACUCUGCUAUCAUCUGGGAAGCAGUUUAUUAAAACAAGUCCAGAAUAUUACCCUGUUGGCAAGCCAAUUACAAAAUCGGGAGCAACUCUCCAAGCUUCUGGCGAGGCUGUAUAUGUAGAUGACAUUCCUUCACCACUGAAUUGCUUGCAUGGAGCAUUUGUUUAUACCACAGAACCUUUUGCACGAGUGAAGAAUAUAACAUUCAAGCCUGAACAACAGCCCCACGGAGUAGUUGAUGUUAUAUCUGUUAAAGAUAUCCCUGAAGGUGGGGAGAACAUUGGAUCUAGGACCAUGUUUGGUACUGAACCUUUAUUUGCUGAUGAUCUCACUGAGUGUGCUGGUCAGCGUCUAGCUUUUGUGGUUGCAGAUACUCAGAAACAUGCAGAUGUGGCAGCGGAGUUAGCAGUGGUUGAUUAUGGAGUAGAAGAUCUAGAACCACCAAUUUUAACUGUUGAAGAGGCUGUUAGAAGAUGUAGUUUUUUUGAAGUGCCUUCUGUUAUUUACCCAAAACAAGUUGGUGAUGCAUCAAAAGGAAUGGCUGAAGCUGAUCAUAAAAUUAUAGCUGCUAAGAUCAAGCUUCCUUCACAAUACCAUUUCUACAUGGAGACUCAAACUGCCCUUGCUAUACCAGAUGAAGACAACUGCAUGGUUGUUUAUAGUUCAAAUCAGUGUCCUGAAUUAGUACACGAUGUUAUUGCAAAAUGUUUGAGUAUACCAGGACAUAAUGUCCGUGUUAUCACAAGAAGGGUUGGAGGUGGCUUUGGAGGAAAGGCCGUUAAAGCGAUGCCUGUUGCAACAGCAUGUGCGCUUGCAGCACAAAAAUUACGCCGCCCUGUCAGGAUAUAUAUGGAUCGAAAAACUGAUACAAUAUUGGCAGGAGGAAGGCAUCCCAUGAAAAUAACCUACAGUGUUGGAUUUAAGUCAGAUGGGAAGAUUACAGCUUUAGAACUGGAAAUAUUAAUUGAUGCAGGCAUGUCUGUAGAUAUAAGUCCUGCCAUGCCAGCAAAUUUUAUGGGUACAUUUAAGAAGUAUGAUUGGGGUGCCCUGGCUUUUGACAUAAAGGUAUGCAAAACAAAUCGUUCAAGUAAGACGGCAAUGCGAGGUCCUGGAGAGGUACAGGGAUCAUUUAUAGCUGAAGCUAUAAUUGAGCAUGUUGCAUCUUUUCUCUCAAUGGAAGUUGAUUCUGUCAGACAAAAAAAUCUUCACACACACAAGAGUCUUAGUUUAUUUUAUGGAGAUAGUGCUGGUGAAGCUCAAGAGUAUACUUUACCAUCAAUGUGGGAUAUGGUAGCUAUGUCUUCAAAAUUUAGUCAAAGGGCUCAAAUGAUAGAAGAGUUUAAUAUGUGUAAUAGAUGGAAAAAACGGGGAAUAUCUAGAGUACCAAUCGUGGCUGAGAUGACGCUCAGAGCAACUCCAGCGAAAGUAAACAUUCUAUCAGAUGGAUCUGUUGCUGUUGAAGUAGGCGGAAUUGAGCUGGGCCAGGGGCUCUGGACAAAGGUGAAGCAGACGGCUGCUUUUGCUCUCACUUCAAUCAUUGCGGAUGGAACUGAACACUUCUUGGAUAAAGUGCGAGUCAUACAGGCUGAUACAUUGAGCUUGAUCCAAGGGGGAUAUACGGCAGGAAGUACUACAUCUGAGGCAAGCUGUGCGGCAGUCAGACUGUGCUGUGAGGUCUUGGUUGAGAGAUUAACUCCUAUUAAAGAAAAGUUGCAGGAAUCACUUGGCUCUAAUCCUAUCAAAUGGGAGACGCUGAUUGCUCAGGGUUACUCACAAUCCAUAAGUUUAUCACAUAUUUCUUACUAUGUCCCUGAUAUGUCUUCCAUGCAAUACUUGAACUUUGGCACAGCAGUGAGUGAGGUUGAGAUAGAUCUUCUGACUGGAGAAACCUCGAUUUUGCAAUCGGAUAUUAUCUAUGACUGUGGACAAAGUCUCAACCCUGCAGUAGAUCUUGGACAGAUUGAAGGAGCUUUUGUACAAGGAAUUGGGUUUUUCUUGUCUGAAGAAUACCUAUCAAAUUCCAAUGGACUGGUGGUUGCUAAUGGAACAUGGACAUACAAGAUUCCUUCAUUAGACACCAUACCCAAACAGUUCAAUGUUGAAGUAUUGAACAGCGGACGUCACAAAAAACGUGUUCUCUCUUCCAAAGCUUCCGGAGAGCCACCAUUGCUUCUGGCAGUUUCUGUUCACUCUGCUACAAGAGCUGCCAUCAAAGCAGCAAGAAAACAAAUCAUUUCAUGGGGCAGCUCGGGAGGAUCUGACUCCAUAUUCCAAUUGGAUGUACCUGCUACUAUGCCAGUUGUGAAAGAGUUUUGCGGACUGGAGAUUGUGGAGAGGUACUUGGAAAGGAAAAAAGGCGGAAACUGAAGACACUACCGAGGCUGCUAAGUAUAGUUUAUAGUUUAUACAUAAGGUUCAUGCCUAGUCUCUAAAAUAAAGCCUCAGUUAUAAUAUGAAUAAGAUCUGUUAGAUCAUUAGUUUAAAUCAUUUUCUUUUUCUUUGUUUCUUUCUUGGUUACAAAGUAUUAGACAAUAAAUGUAGAAUAAGUGUACUCUGUACACAAAUAAGUAUUAUGGAAAAGGGAAAAGUAGUAGUGCUUUAGAUUUGUUGAUGUUUAGUCUCAAUUAGAGGCUUUCACCCUUCAAUAAAAUCUUGUUAUAGAUUUCCCAAAUAUUAUUAUGUA